UGAUAUGAUAAUUGUAAUAUAAUAUCGAAAGUAUUAAAUUUUUUUCUGUGCAUUACGAUAUUUACUUUUAAACUGUUCGGAAACACAUUCACAUCUCUCAAAAUAUUUUUUUCUUCAGACAUUAAAGCCAGAUGCAGGCAUGUCAUCAUAAAAGAUAUUAUACACGUUCGUAUUAAAAUGCCCUUCGUAUCCGAAAUUUACACGGCCGCAAAAUACGCACGAAUGGUUAGCGAAUUAUCGAUUAUUGGUUAAUUUAUUCAUGCUCGUGAGUAAACGAUGACGACGACGACGACGACGCCGCACUGGCCACCACUGUCGGUCGAUUCGGACUUUGUCGGCCACAACACGCGAACCUCAGCUACAUUAUGUGUCGUGCUAUAGUCGGCUGAAAACCGCUGGUGGUUACUGUCGAGCCAUGCCAUUAUUCGCAUGAUUCCGUCAAAGGGCUGUCGUCAAUUCAUCGUGCACCUUCAUGUCGGACAUUGAGGAGGAUUCGGCCGAGAAGCGGCUGAAAAUUGUGCUCGUGGGUGACUCCGGUGCCGGCAAAACCAGCAUCGUUCAGAAAUUUUGCAACAACGAUUUCACCAGACAAUACGUACCUACCGCGGGCAUCGAUUUCUUUCUCAAAAACCUGACCAUCGGUUCUUACAAGAACGUCAAUCUACAUCUAUGGGACGUCGGUGGACUAGCCCUGCACGGCAAUAUGUUGGACAAAUACGUUUUCGGAGCACACAUCAUUCUUCUGGUGUACGAUGUCACAAAUAGCUCGAGUUUUGAUAUUUUGGAAGAGUGGCUCAGUCAAAUCAAGAACUUCAUUGACACUUACGACGAACCACCUCUAAUAGCAGUAGUGGGUAAUAAAUGCGAUAUGGAGCAUCAAAGAACAGUUAAAAGAGAUAAGUCGCAUCGAUUUGCUGCGGAAAACGGAUUUCCAUAUCACGAUAUGUCCGCGAGAACCGGAGAAUCGGUAUCUUUAUGCAUAGCAAAUUUGGCAGCGCAAAUUUUGGGUGUCCGAUUGACAAGAACGGAUCAAGAUUUUCAUAAACCUAUAAUUAUUGCUGAAAUUGGAGAUACAGUAGACGUGAAUGCAAUAAACAAAGUGGUAAAAAGAAUUCCCAAUAGAAAACAUCAUCCAAUUGCAUUCAAUCCACGUUUUCCUGUCUCGAAAUCCGCGGUAUGUGCAUUGCAAUGAUGAUUAUUAUAGAUUUUUAGAAUAUCCUUUCUCUAGCUGAAUAAAAUACAUAUCACGGAAAAAUGAGCUACCAUAGCUAAAUUUU